CCCAUUAACGAUACGGUGAAGAUAGAAAUUUCCAUUACCUUACAAAAUGUGUUUUUUUAACGCCCAUAUUCUUUUAUUUUUUUCGAUUAAUCAUCCUCGCCUCCAGUAUUCGUCAUUUUCUAAAAACAGGAUAGUAUUUAUGAGAAAAUGUUGGUGAAUAUCAUUCAGUGGACUACUAACUCGUUUCGUUAGAACAUUGGAUUAAGACUGCUGUUAAGAAUGAGUUUAUCCAAAGAACUGAGAGGAACCGAUUCGUUUAUAUGGUGUACGAGACAUGCGGUUGGUACUGGGGCAACAUCGACCGUCUUUGUUGGGCGUUAUAAGAAAACUGGCGAACAAGUUGCAAUUAAGGCGUUUAAUGAUAUGUCUUAUUCCCGACCACGUGAUGUACAAACACGUGAACUAGAAGUUGUAAGAAAGUUGAAGCAUAAGAACAUCGUGGCAGUACUGGCAAUUGAAGAAGACCACGUGUCUAAACAGCCUGUCAUAAUCAUGGAGUUAUGUCGUGGAGGUUCGCUAUUACAAUAUUUAGACGAACCUGAAAAUAUUUUCGGAUUGAGUGAGAAGGAAUUCUUAACUGCAUUGAAACAUAUUUUGGAUGGCAUGAAAUACUUGCGAAGAUCCGGUGUAGUUCAUCGAGAUAUCAAGCCUGGAAAUAUAAUGAGGGUCAAAUGUCAAGAUGGUAGUCACACGUACAAGCUUGCGGAUUUUGGCGCAGCACGUGAGGUCGAAGGCGAAGAGACGCUUCAAUCAUUAUACGGCACAGAGGAAUAUUUGCGAGCUGAUUUGUACGGAAUAGCUGUGCUUCGGUCUGGUGGCGGAGCAAACUACACAACGACUGUUGAUCUAUGGUCCCUUGGAGUAACACUUUAUCAACUAGCAACAGGCCAGCUACCGUUUCGACCAUACGGUGGAAGACGGAACAGAGAAACAAUGCAUUAUUUAAUAACUAGGAAGGCAUCCGGUGUAAUAAGCGGGGUACAACAUGACUCUCCCACGGGGAGAAUUGAAUGGUCCAAGGACUUACCAACCAAUUGCCAUCUUUCCAGAGGGCUGAAACCACUCGUUACAUAUAUACUUGCACGCCUACUUGAAAGUGACCGUGACAAGAUUCUGUCAUUCGAAGAAUUAUUUGAAUACACUGAUCGUCUGACAACCAUGAAACAUCUGGAUGUUUAUAACACUCUAACAACAGAGAUGUUAAGUAUCUACGUCUCCCCACGUGCCAAUUCAUUCGAAGUAUCGCUAAAGGUUGCAGAACAAGCCAAUAUUAAACCUACGAACCAGUUAUUUUGUUGGCAAAAUGCUGUAUUUGAUAUGGAAGAUAAUGUUGAGUGUAAAGAUUUACCAGAGACUCAACAAGAUUCGCCAUUUUUUCUAUACAGUAAAGAGAACUGUGAACCAUUUGGGAUGGUUGUAAUGUCAACUCCUGAACUUCCAACAAUUACGUCAGCAUAUAAUUUGGAGAAUGAUGCACCGAUCGCAAAGAUGGGAUGUGCGAGUUUAAUAUUCUUUCUUGUAGCUGUGACCCAGAUUCAGAAAGCACAGCGACAUGCAUCUUCAGCAGCAAAUAUGUUUUUGAAUGUAUAUAGAGAUAGUAUACGAAGUGUUCAAUAUAUAAAUGGUUCAUUGCAGCAGUUACAAAUGGAAAUUAAAAUCAAACUAGACAUGCUCUCAUCGAUGAUACGAUUCUGUCUAAUCACCAGUAUACCAGACAACAUAGAUCCAAGCAUUAAAGACAUCAAGAAUACGCUAGCAAACACAAUAGAGAAAAUUAAUAUACUUAAGCAUGAAUAUAAACAAAAUUUACAACGUGCUACAUCAGAUAAAUAUAAUAAAUUGGAGUCUUUAGCAAAACAAACUUUUCCACACAAUUUUGAUGAUAUGAGGUGUAAAGAUGACGAAAAAUGUAUAGAACGAUUAGCUGUUUUAAGAGACGAUGUCCGUGAAAUAUAUGAUCAAUUUAAAAAGGAUAAACGAGAGAAAAGGUUAAAAUAUAACGAAGAACAGAUACACAAGAUGGAUAAACAGAAGUUAAGAUGUAAAUGUGUUCAGGGAGCUAGUCUACUUCGUGACCAUUGUGAACCGAAUCUUAAAACAUUACAUAGAGAGUUUGGUAGUUGGUAUAGAAAUAUUAAUUAUAAUAUGCAACUAAUUAAGGAUUUACAAACAGAUAUGGAAGAGAUUCAUGUCAAGUUUUAUAAAUUUAUCAAAUCUUUAGAUGAGAUUCAAGACAAAUUAGUAAACGUUUUGAUAUCGUCUACUGAUACUGUUAGCUCAGUGUUCAAAAAGUGUGUUGCAACAGAAGCCGAGCUACAAAUGUCGCGUGAUGAGGUACAGGCGCUAAACAAAACAAUUAGCGAUCUUCAAGUUGCAAACAGAGCUGCUGAGAACAAAGAACCUCUAGGUUCUGAGUGUAUUAAUCCGCGUCAGAUACGCGUCCCUAAGCGUAUCAAGGAACAGUUUCUAUCGAUGGAAAAUGACAUCGAGAAGACGACAAAAGAAAUAUCAGAAAGUGCUAGAAUAUUAGAGGAAAUACGAAUUCAAGAUGAACAAAUGAAAACAGCGAUGUACUGACAAUCAAGUAAUAAAUUGAAGAUUCUCUAGGUUCACGUCAAAAAUUUAGUAGGGCCAGGUGAUAAGUACUAUCUUUUUAAGAACUUGGGUUAACUAUCGAUGCAUGGGCAGUGCGACAAGAUCAAAUCUAUUUAUUCAGACGAAGUUUCAAGCAUAGUCCCAUUAUAUGACAAAACAUGUCAUAUGGGCGGUCGAGUAUUAACAUUAGCGUUGGUUCAAGCCGGUCCCCGCUCAGGAUUUUCUUUGUAGAACCAAGUCUUCUCGGAUAAGAAAAUGGAGGUCAAAUUUACACAUAGAAGAAUAGGGGCAAGAUGCUAUCUGCUACCUCUACCUCUCUACCUCUAUGAACAAAUCUCACUUGAGACAGUUUACAACCUGUUCAACCGUCUUGUGAAUAAAUAUUACUUCCUUAGGAGGUCGGCUUUACCCACCAGAAUGGCAGAAAAUUUAGAGAUGUCAAUUCUUCCAAACUACAAUGAAUUACAUUGAUUACAUUUAAGACUAACAUUAUGCCUAUAGUUACUGAUAUACUCUAAUUAUAUAAUAUAUAUAUACACACAUAGGGGUGCACCCAGGGUAAAAUAUGAGGAAGGGGUGGGUCAAGUCUUUCGAGUGCAUCGAGCAACUAGGCUGGGGAGCCGGUCGACAAGGGCCCGGACAGGUUCCAUGGACCGAAAUGGGACGUUAAAUUAUAAGAGACAGAUAUAUAUAUAUAUAUAUAAAAUCAGCCUUAAUGCAAUGUGUAAACAAGAAAAUAAACUUCGUGUGAGAUUUUACUCUUCCCUGGUUCCACCAACAAAGGGUAACGAUUUUAUAAUCAUAUAAACCUCCGAUAAAGGCCUAUUUUUAAAUAAGUCUUAAAAAGCAGGCAUGUUGUCCUAUUGGGCCUACCUACCACAAACUUUUUUUGGACGCGAGAAAGCUUAGGCCUAUUUAUCUUAUCACUUUUAUAUUAUUUUCUACAUUAUUAGUUUGACGCAGCAGACAGUGCACCAUCGCCGAGUCUAAUUUUCGGUUCUACUUGUUAGAAUAUCUGACUAUUUCUUGUGAAAAGAUAUUACAAACUUUUAAGGUGGUCGCUUACAGGAGGUAAAUCAUAAUAAAAAUCAAAAAGUCGGGAGGUAUCAAAUGCACAAAUUCGAUAGGGAGAAAACAGGAUCAUAUGAGAUCGGACGAGGGAGGUGAUCGCUUACGGGAGGUGGUUGCACAGAGAGGUUAAACUGUAUUAUAUCAGGGAAAAGUUAAUUUGCACUUUUCUUUAAUUAGGCCUAUACCAAAUAGUACUUUAAAUUACAGUGUUUCAUUUGCUACGGGUAACCAGGAAAAUUACCAUGGGAUUUGCACAGAUGGAUGGUCAAUCUACCACCUCAGCCCCACCAUGGUAAGGGCUGAGGUAAGAAAAUUUAUGAUCAUGGGCCUUCUACAUGACCAGAAAUCUUUUCCGAUUUAAAAAAAUAAAUUUUGAAAAAAUUAGAGGCAGGGGGUAUGAAAACGGUUUUCAGUGGCGGACCAAGGAAUUUGAAAUAGAGCGGGCCCAGGGAGGGACUUUCUCAGAUGGCCUAUACAACCUCAGCCCCACCGUGGUUGAGGUAAGUAAAAAUACAAAUAAAUUCAAAAUACUCUAGAGGGACCAAGGAAGGACUUUCACAGAUCAUCUCAGACCCACCAUACUUUAAAUUCGAAUAUAAUUUUCUUUAUUAAAAAUUAUAUAUUUCUUGCUCUGAUCUUCGCCAUGGCAAACUGUGCAAAGAUCUAAACAAGAACCUAAUGAAGAUAUUGACACGCAAGAAAAAAAAUUCCUCAAAAAUGUUAUAUAAUACCGGUAAAAGUCGUUGCUUGCACGACAAAUUAGAUCAGGGCAGGGUGGACCUAGUUGGAAACCGCUUUGAUUGGUCAAGGAGGUGUGGUGGAUGGUUUUCUGGAACGUGCGAGAGUUAGUCUUUCUAUCCCAGAAAAUGUGGACCUUUGGUAAUUUGGGGAGCGGGGUUGCACUCGUCACACCCCUUGCAUACGGGCCUGAUUUCGAUACUGAUUCUCGUCACACUGCUUGUGUAUAAGCAAGACACUUUAUCUGCUGCAUUUGCCUCUCACCCAGUAAUAUAAAUGGAUACCUGGUAAAGAUAAUGAUUCGGAAUUUGAAAUUUACAGUGCUGAUUACACGCAUUACUAGGAAUACUCCCCAGGGAGUGGAGGAGGUUGCAGUUGUGUAUGAUUUAUUCUGUAUCCAAUGACCUGGGAAAAAUGCACCUUGAGCAGUUUUCUUUAUAUGUAUGCUAUAUAAAUCCUAUAAAAUAAAUUAAAUGUGUGUGUGAUGCAAAAUGAACAAAAUCAAAUAUAGUAGUUGACAAUCCAAUGUAGUGAUGACAAUAAUAGUGAUAACUGUAAUUAUAAUAAGAAAAUCAAAUAUAGUAAUGACAAUAAUAGUGAUAAUUGUAAAUAAUAAGACAAUCAAAUGUAGUAAUGACAAUAAUAGUGAUAACUGUAAUUAUAAUAAUUAUGGUGGUUAUAAUAAUAAUAAUAAUAAUAACAUUAUUAUUAUUGUUAUUAUUAUUAUUAUCAUAAUUAUUAUUACUAUUAUUAUUAAUUUACGAUAAAACAGGAUUAGGAAGAUAGGGAGCACACAAAACAUUAGUUAGCAUUUUGAUUUCACAAAUAAUAACAAGAAGAAGAAUAAUGCCUCUUUUUAUUGUCUUUAUUGUGUUCAACUUUUGGUGAUCUUUUAUUUUAACGUUUUUAAAAAUUUCAUGAUUACGUAAUGUACAAUUGUAUUGUAUCAUAUUUUUUAUAUUUAUAUUAUAAAUGUGUUUCAUCAAAUUUUAAUGUGCAAUAGUUUUUAAUAGGUUUCCUAGCAAAACUAUUUUUUUCUUUUGAAGACAAUAAAGUGUUUUCUGAUUCUGAGAUUUAUUUGUUUAAACAUAACACUUUUUCAACUCUUUUCCUUAUCUUUUAAUUUUCUUGCCCAAGGACACAUGCAAGGGUUUCAAAUCCCUGACAUUAAGGUCGAGAGUAUUUAUGUAUGAUACAAUGUGACUUUGUGUGCUUGAUUUAAAUGUGGAUGGAUAUAGACUGGCUUGAGUAAAAUAUAUAUAAAAAAACACAACCAUCAUCCCCUUUGCAAGGGGGUAACUAAAUAUAACUUUAGGGAGGUUUUAGAACACACACUCCAUAAAAUGCCACUUUUCACAACAAUCACAAGAUUGACUUGCACAGAAAAGCAGUAUUUAAUAUAAUAUUUAAUAACAAUGAAUUUGAUGUCACAACACCUAUAAAUUUUUCAAAAUUUACCGAUCGAGGACAUUAAUAGUAGAUACAGUACAUACAAAUAUUUGGCACCUGAAAAUGAAGAAAAAU